GAAGGCUGCGGACGGAGACUCAGCGGUGGGAGACAGGCAGGCAGGCAGGCAGGCAGGCAGGGUGGACGGGGGUUAACGGUCCUGAGGUGUCGAUUAUACUCAGUUUUUUAUAUUUUUUCAAAUUUGUUAGACUCUAAAGAAACCGCGUGGAAGGUGGCCAUGUCUGUGAAUAUGGACGAGCUCAGACAUCAAGUCAUGAUCAACCAGUUUGUUUUGACGGCAGGCUGCGCCGCCGAUCAGGCGAAGCAGCUCCUACAAGCGGCCCACUGGCAGUUUGAGACGGCAUUAAGCUCCUUCUUCCAGGAGGCGAACAUCCCCAGUCACCACCACCAGAUGAUGUGUACUCCCAGAAACACACCCGCCACGCCGCCCAACUUCCCAGACGCCAUCACCAUGUUCUCCAAGCUACGAGCUUCAGAGUGCGGCUCUAGUGCAGGCAGCGGCCCUUCCCAGGUGUCGAUGGCCAGUUCCCCUCCGGCCCCCUCCUCCACGUCGGGUUUCGGCUCCUUCUGGGCCUCCUCGCCUCCCAGCCACCAGCCGGUGUGGCUGCCCCCCUCUUCACCCACGGGCCACCACAUGCACCACCACCACUACCACCACCACAUGCAACAGACUCCCAUGUGGCCGCCUGUUUCUCAGCCCAGCAGUGCCCAGCAGCCCCCUGUUGUGUCGGCCCUCCACGGCCAGAGAUGAGACUAAACUGUGGGUUGAAGGGGGGGGAGGGGCGGGAGGCGGGAUGGGUGCUAAGGAGGGAGGCGGGGCACUGGAUCAAGUGUAGCCGAAUGAUGGAGAGUCAGGGUUUUGAGCAGCGAGGGUAUGUGAAAUGAGAGGAAAUAAAAAAGACAAGGACUCGUCUUCCUCUCUUGAUUUUCUAAAGUGAUGACGGGAAGUUUGGACUCUUCCUCUCUGCUGUCAUCACAAGUCAUUUAUGAGGAAGCACCCACGAACACGAAAACUUUCUGUAAUCAUCAAUGCAAACAGGCAGAGGACCCCACCGAGCACUCACCGAGGAGAGGAGCCAUGUUACUGCUGAUGAACUGCUUUAUGAUCUAUUUUCCUUUUUUUUUUUUUUUAAAAAGACUUUUCUUUCACGGGGUUCAGAAAUAAUCUGGCAGGACGUCGGCAAUAACCAGCAGAUAAACAGACACUCACGGAUGAAAUCACUCAGAAAGAGUUUGUGUUUAUGUUGGAUAUCGAAUGUGAAGGGUUUGAGGGGGAUCAUCAAUGCUGUAGCCAUAAAACUGAUUCACUUUAAAGCUUCACACCGAAAAGAUGAAACCAUGCCAUGAUCUCAUGUGUUACCUUAAAACAUCCACAUAAAAAACAGCCAAGAAAUAAAGAGAAGCUAACAAUGAUGUUAAGAAACACUUCCAGCUGAUCUCAAGGUAUUUCCAGGGUCUCUCAAAUAAAUAAUGUUUGAUCUUAUGUCACUUUAUAUUUUGGAUCUACUGCUAUAAUGUUAGAAUGAAUGUAUACAUUCAAGCUUGAUGCUGAAGUUACUUUCUAAUUCAUGGAGCAGGUUAGCAACAAAUUAGCUUUUCUGUGGAGUAGAGAUAUCCAAAUAUUGGAUUAAAAAGUUUGGUUUAAUAUUUCCUUUUUUAAAAAAAACAUCAAGUAAAUAACAUGAGAUACUAAAGAGAUUAUUAUUAAGGACUGGAUCAUUGAUAUGACCUUAUUUUGUUUAGUUUGUUUACAUUUUUAUGUUGCACCAAAUCUGAUAUUUGAAAGUGGCGUAUGGGAAGUUUACAAUUUAGACAAUUUGUGCCUUUCCCUUAACAUCUUAUAAUUUAGGAAACACUUAAUUUUGAUCAAAUGAACAACAUCCACAAAUGUGCAAAAGGAUUAAAGGAAAGGCAUCCAAAGAUUCAUAAAUGUGUCUUAGCUCCAUGAACAGCAGUCAGGGCCUGAUUCAUUCAGAAUGCAUUGUCCAUCUUUUGUGAGUCCAUCUCUUAGCAUGUUGUUCAAAGGCUGUCCAGGCAAAAACACCCACAAGCUGUCCUGCCACAUCCAGUUUUCUCUUGUUUUGAGCCGCAAAGCGCAGAGAAGCUUUUUGCACCUUUAUUCUGCGGAGUUGCGCUCAUGCUGCUGGUGCUCAGCUCCGUCCACAUAAAGAUGAUGAGCAAGAAGGGUAAUUCUUUUAAGUUAAUUGUGAGGCCAGACUAGGGCUCAACGAUUUGAGAAAAUUAAUCUAAUUGCGAUAUUUUUUUUCCCAUUUUUGCUAUUGUGAUUUAAUAUGCAAUAAUUUAUAUCUUAUGUGUUAUUCAACAAACAAAAGUGAUAAAAAUGCCUUAGGAUUAUUUUGACUUGUUUGUGCAAAUUGGAUAAUUGUUGUAUUGAAGGGAAUUAUCAUUUUAAUGUUAUUCUCCUUUUGAUUUAGAAAUCAAAACAAAAAAAAAAAAACAACCCUACUGCAAACAACUUAUGUUAAACUGGUAUUUUGACACACAUUUUAGGUAAAAGAAAUGAUGCACCUUCUGCAAUUUCAAAGUUACGGAAGGACAUAUCGCAAUUUAAUCUUAAUUUUGAUUAAUUGCCCAGCUGUAGGCCAGAAUGGACAAGGGCAAGUAUAUAAAGAAAAGAAGCUAAAAUGUCAUCAUAGUCACUGGAAAGUUUGUGCAUGACAUCAGUGAUAAAUACUGCAGUGCAGUUACCACCAACUCACACCGUUUUCUUUCUGCAUGUUGUUGAGAUAUUUAUGAAGUAAACAAUUGAUCAUUGACGCUGGUUUGUAUAGAAAUUGGCCACUUUCCCUAAAAAUGACUACUCGCUGAAAGAGACACUGUUUGGGCUGCAGCAUUUAGCCCUCACUAGAAAGUUUGGGUAUGAAAUUAGUUAUGAAAACUGCAGUGCAGUUACCACCAGCUCACACUAGAUUGCAACAUUUUCACUCUCUGUUGUUAUGCGAUAUUUGUAAGAUGGACAAUAUAGCAUUGUCUGCUUUUCCCUAAAAUGACUUCAUAACGGCUCACAGAGAAACAAUUUGCUCUGCAGAACAGUUAAGGACAGAAUUAACCGACACUGGAAAGUUUCGGUAUGAAAUCAGUUAUAAGUACUGCAGCACAGUUACCACCAACUUGCACCAGAUUGUAACAUUUUCACUCUCUGUGUCGUUGUGAGAUAUUUAUGGGAUAUACAAUUUGUUACUGAGGCUAAUUUUUUUAUUUUAAUUGUCCACUUUUACUCCAAAUGACUGUAUAUUCACUCAGAGAAACACAGUUUGCUCUGCAGCACAGUUAAGGCGGCAUUUAAAUCUCUCAGUCUAACCUGGAAAUUAGAGUUUUUUUAAACUACUUUUCACAGGUUUGGCAGGCACAAACACCAUGCAUUCCUUGUGAAUCAGAUCCUGAAUGUCUUUGGAGGGCAAGUUUAUUAUUUCAGCUGCACCAAUGAGGAGUGGAUGAUAGGUCUUUUCCAAUAAAGCCUACUGAGAGUUCAGACUUGAUUUUUGUAGACUUCUGCAUAAUGGAUCAUUAAAGUUCAUGCAAACAACAGUAGAGCACAUACUGGUUAUUGGUCCUGCAGCACAGUUAGAAGUGAAUUUAGUCCUUUGCAAGUCUUUUUACUCCUUUACACAAGUUUAAAGGGUGCCCUUUGAGAAUCAGGCCAUCUGUAUGCAUUUUUGGAUCUAUUUAUGCAUCAUACAGUUCUAGCUUGAUAAAGUCAGUUGUUGGAACCAAUUUCCAGUUUAAUUUAAGAGAUUUUAUUGAUAUCAAACUUAAUCCCUUCAAAAUGAAACAUACAUGUGGAGUCUGUAAAUACCUUGAGAACAGCAUGCUUUUCAACUUUGUGACAUGAUUAUUAAAGUGAUUUAUGAGCACAUGGCGAUGAUUGGUUGCACGAAUUGUUGAGGAUGUAAAGUGAAGAUUUGAUGGGCGACUUUGGUAGAAGUUUGCAAUAAUUUGGUUAUUUGAAUAAGGUUAAAACUGUCUGAUUAUUUUGUACUGAAGACUUGUUUGGUUCUUGACGCCACGUUUUCUCUUGCUCAUUCAGCAGGAUGAGGUUUUAACGGUCCUGAUCAAAGCCUCUGAUUGAUUUUUUGUUCACUUUGACAUUAAGAGACACGUUUUGUAAAUGAUGAACUUAACAAAACACUCGUGUAUCUGAUUUGAGACUAUUUUGACGCCGUUUUCUGUCUGGCAGAGAGAGAGACUACUCAGUGAUUUUCCACACAACCUGUCAGACACUUGACCACUCCUACCUCUGUGUGUCUGAAUGUACUCUCUGCCGCACACAGACGGGAUCCGAGGGUUUAAAGACUCAAUGGCAGAGCUCGCAAAUCGAUUGUUUGAAUCCACCAUAAAAACCUCAACACAGGAACUCACAAGUAGAUUAGUCUCGAGUUUACACAGUCGCUUCACCGUAAAGAGGAAGUUUUUAUUGUCAGAGAGCGAUGGAGAGAGAAAGAAGAUUUUGUUCUUUGCUGACAAUCAAACUGUUCCCUCUGUUUGGAUUUCUGUGGUUUUACUGUCCUGCACUUUUCUUCUCACAACUUUGAAUGCAGGUAGUCGCCAGGAUUCACAUUCACGGCUGAGUUUUUAUUUUUCCAACAGCCUGAUUACGAUUUAACAUCUGACGCAUACAUUUGACUGAUUAUGUUGAAAGGGAAAAAUCCACCCUGAGAAAUGGUGUCAAACAUGUCAUUAAACACAAAGCAGCAUGGGAACAAAAACCAAACAUCCUUAAAAUAAGCCAAAACCUGAGGUAUGGCCCUUUAAAUCAGAAAGCGAGUGCAAUGAAAGUCCAAGUCAUUUCCAUGUUCGUGUCCUGAGGGUGGAUUUUUCCUUUGAAGCAAACACUGCAGCAGUUUUUGGACAAGUUGAGGCAAAUGUUUAAAACUUGCAGAACACCUGACAGGUUUGUUUUCAGCUCUGUGUGAGCUUCCUGCUGAGUGGUUUACUGGAAAUCUGUUUCUAUUUCUUUGUAUUCAAACUUUGAUGAAACAUGAUGUGUCACACCACCGGAGUGUUUUACAAACAUUUUUUUUUAACCUCCAUUCAAGAUUUAUUUUGCUCUUACUGGGUGGAUGAUGGUAUUUUUCUCAGAACUUCACUCUGUUCACUCUUUUCUAGAGAUUUCUCUAAAGUACUUUGUGUUCAUUUCCUCUGUUGAAAUUUGUAUUUAUAUGUUUAAUAAAACAAUGUAUGAUCUGCUAA